AUGGUUUCUCUUUCUCUUCCAAAUUCACUUGUUACCGAUGUUUUAUUGGAAGAUGAGGAGCAUGGGGACAUUUCGAUUAAGAAAGGAUCAUCUGGAAAACUAUCCGAUGAGGAACUUCUGGCUAGAACGAUCGAGAAAGCACUCAAGACGAAAAAGCUGGCACAGUCAUCAAACAUGACGUCAUCUGUGAAAGUUGCGUUGACUGCUGAGGACUUGUUGGAUCAAAUUGGAAUAUGGCAUCCAUACCCUCUCUUCAUUACAUUCUCGAUGGCAUUCCUCUGGUUGUUGUCUGUAAUGCCAACAAUGUCACCCAGUUAUAUGGCUCCCUCUUCUCCGUGUACACUCGAUAAUUGCUCGUUUGUGACUGUACAGAAUGAGUUCAACAUCACAAAAACUCUGAUAGAUCCUGGAGAGAUGACGAGUUCAGUUUUCUUUUUGGGAAACGGAGUUCUCGGACAGAUUUAUGCAGUUGCUGCAGACAGAAUUGGUCGGAGACCCGUACUUAUCACUAGUCUCUUCAUCUCUGGACUAUCUGGAAUAGGAGCAGCUUAUGCUCCUUCAUUUGAGCUCAUGCUCGUUGGACGAUUCUUCCAAGGCAGUUGCUUUACGGCCCUGACAAUGAUCAACUGGGUGAUGUGUUGUGAGAGUAUCUCGUUCUCUGGACACGGUUACGCUUCGGUUCUAUUCGGAUUAUGUUGGGUCAUUGGAUACUGUUCUGUGUCUCCACUUGCUAUUUAUUUUUCAACGUGGCGAUAUGUUCAAUUAGCAACAUCUAUUCCAUGCGUUCUUUUUGGAAUUUUGAUGCUUUUCACUCUCCCCGAGAGUUUCUCAUUUCUCGUUGCCAAGAGGAAACGAGAUGAUUUGGUGAAAUGGAUAGAGAUGGCUGAAAGAGUUGGAAACGAAGAAAUCGAUUAUGAUGCAGAUCAAAUUGUGGAUAUGUCGAGUCGAGAGGAUGACAAUAAGUCGUUGUUACAGACUCUAAAGAUUGUAUUACAGUCGAAAUUGAUGAUGACUUACACUGCAGUCGAAUCAUUUUUGUGGAUCAUCGAUCUUAUGAUCUACAGUGCCCUUUCCCUAUCUUCCACUGGUGUUGGUUCUCAUAACAUGCAUCUUUCUUAUAUCUUCUCGGGUCUCGUUGAAAUCCCUUCGUAUUUUUUGAUUCCUGCCGCAAUUGAUUGGUUGGGAAGAAAGCCAUCUGUGAUGGUUUGCCAUCUGAUUCUCGCUUUCUCUCUUCUUUCGAUGUACUUGUUUGAUCACGAAGCUGAUCCGGAAAUCUUCUUAAUCAUCUGGUUGAUUGCAAAGUUCGCAGUCGCUUCUGCAUUCAUGUUGUGCUUUGUUUAUGGAGCGGAACUGUUUCCAACUAAUUGCAGAAGCAUUUGCCUCGGCACAUGUGCCACUAUUUCUAACCUUGGAGCAGUUGUUGCUCCCCAUGUCCCAGCGAUGGACAUCUUCUUCCCAGGACUCCACUACUUAUUCUACGCAUUGUGCGCCUUCAUUUGCACAAUUCUGACGACGAUUCUCCCGGAAACGAAAGAAAAUCAUAGUGUACCAAGAAGUCAGCAACAGUCUCUUGCUUGA